AUGAAUGCCGAUAAAAUCAAAAAUUUAAAGAAUUUCUUUGAUUCUGAAUAUUUUACACCUGAGAUGCUAUUACAAAACAUUUCUAAAUAUAGAGAAUAACCUGACAUACUUAAUUUAUUAUACACUAUUAUGCUAAAUUUAGAAGAUAAAAUAAUUUCAUUCUAUUCUCCAUAAUUUUGUUAAUUGUUAAUCAAAACUGAAAUUGCUUAAUUAUUUGAUUUUUUCAAGAAAAAAUGCAGUUAAUCAAGACCUUUAUUUUUUAAUGUAUGAAUAUAAUGUUAAAUUUAUAAGCUUUAUUGGUUACUUGGUGCAUAUUUAUAAUUAGAAAAAUAGAAAAAAAAGAAGGAAAAAAUUGAUUUAUUUUUAAGGGUAUGAGAUUUAAAAUUAAUAAAAAAGCAAAUGGAAAUGUCAAUGGUAAAUGGGGAGUUUAAUGAGAAAGCAUUUGAGAUUUAAGAUUAAGAAUAAUUGAAUUAAAUUUUACUGAAAGAUUUUUAGUAAAAAGAUUUAAGACAAGAAUAUUUUACAGAAAUGUAAAAGUUUAUGGGAACAUUGAUAAAACAUUCAUUAGUAUUGAAGGAAUUUCCAAAAGAUGAUAGAAAACAUCAUUUAAAAUUGUUAAUACAGAAACAAAAUUAAAAUUUAUAAAAAAUAGUAAAAAAGUUCUAAUUUGGAGUGAUAUUACCAUUUUAUGAUGAAAAAGAUGAUUAAAAUAAAUCAUAAUACAUUGUAAAUAUAUUAGAGAAACAUUAAAUAUGUUUUCAUACAAAAAAGAGAGUACCUUAUUUGAUAUUAGUAGAAACUAUUAAGUAAUUUAUUUAUAUAUAACAGUUAGUUCUAAAGACUUAGAAUAGUAUUAAGCAAUUCCAGCUUAAUCUUAACCAAAUAUUGAAGUAGUAGGAUAUGUAGAAGCUUAAUUAAAUGAUUAAGGAUUUGAGAAGUAAUUGGCCUAAAUAGAAUAGGAGGAAUAGAAAUUAUAUCAUGAAGCCUUAGAAAAAAUAAUGUAAAUGGAAAAGAAAGGAAAAAGAUAAAGUUAAAUUAUGUAAACAAUAGAUUCAUAUAUGCAAAAAUAAGUAAUAUGUAACUGAAAAUAGAAAAAAUCAUAAAUGAAUGGAAAAGACAUAAAAUAAAGUGAUGUAUUAAAAUAAGAAGGUAUUUAAAAAAGAAAAGCUUCAUUGACAACUAAUUAAAAUUUAUCAUACACUAGAAAUUUUAGAAAAUCUAAUUCCUAAGAAAGGAAUGAUUAGAAAUCAGAAGAAUGUUAUAAGACAUUGUAAUAGAUUUUGCCAAUAGAGAAAUUACAUAUAUUGAAAAAAUUUAAAAAAAGAAAGCAUUCUUUAUGGGAAUAAGUAUAGAAUUGAUUUAAUAUAGAGUUGGGAAGAAAGAAUUUAAAAUUAUAAAAAAGAUUCAAGAUAUUAUCAUUUCCCUUCAUAUAAAAUACGACCAAUUAUAAUAAAAGGAGGUGAUGAUUUAAGAUAAGAAAUGUUCGCUAUUUAGAUGAUGAAACAGUUUAAUAAAAUAUUUAAAGAAGCAGAAGUUAAUUUAUAUUUGAGACCAUAUUAAAUAAUAGUAACAUCAGCAAAUUCUGGAAUAGUAGGUAAUUAUUAUAUUUAUUAUUAAGAAUAUAUUCCAAAUACAAUAUCAAUAGAUGGUCUUAAGAAAAUGUUUGGUAAUGGUACUAAGACAUUAUAUUAAAUUUAUUAAGAAAUAUUUGGAAGUGUAUUUGAAGAAGCAUAAAAAAACUUUAUUGAAAGCUUAGCUAGUUAUUCUGUAUUUUCAUAUUUGAUGUAGGUUAAUUUUUAAAUAAUAAAAAUAUUAGGUAAAAGAUAGACAUAAUGGAAAUUUAUUAAUAGAUGAUAGAGGUCAUAUAAUUCAUAUAGAUUUUGGAUUUCUAUUAUAAACAUCACCUGGAGGUGUUAAUUUUGAAUCAGCUCCAUUUAAAUUAACAUAAGAAUAUGUAGAAUUAAUGAUGGGAAAAGAAAGUGAUUAUUUUGGUUAUUUUAAAUCAUUAAUGACUAAAGGAUUUUUAGCAUUAAAGAAAUAUGUAAUAGAAAUAGAAAACUUUUUUAAAAUAAUGGUAGAGAAAUCUGAUUUACCUUGUUUUGCAAAUUUAGAUUUAAAAUUAUUUACAAGUAGAUUUUAAUUAAAUGCUACUGAUAAAGAAGUAAUAAUAUAAACAUAAAUUUAGAUAAUGGAUUUAGUUGAUAGAUUAAUUAAUUAAAGUUUAUCAAGUUGGAGAACAGCAUAAUAUGAUAAUUUCUAAAAGAGAACUAAUGGAAUAUUGCCAUGA